AACAUGGAUUAGGUUCAAGCAGCAAUUGAGGAGACCAGGAACUAGUUCAAAGGUUAACGUGUCGGGUUUUGCGUGUUUUUAUAGCAAUGUCACAGUCAUCUCCACGAUCAAGCCGUCCUUCGGCCGCGUUUUGUUUAUUCUCCACCAGAAUUCUCUCUCUUUAUUAUAUUCAAGAUGAGUAGAAGACAACCCCACGUUCUGACAUUUUCAAGUACUCAAAACGCAUGCUCUCAUUCUCAUUUUCAUUAAUUCUCUGCCUAAUUACACUUAUCAUUUAGUGAGUAAUUAAUGACAGUUUGGUAUCACCCUCUCAAUGAUUGUCCUUAGACCCUCUUUGUCAUCCUAAUCUCAGUUUAUGAGAUAUAAGUUGCUUGAAAGUCCAUUGAAUCCUCUCUGUUAUUUUAAUCCAUCAUUGCAUGAACUUGGUCCCAGCUUAGUUGUACUUUGCCUGGUAUUGGCCCCACAACGGACUCCUGAGUUCAGUUAACAGAAUUAGGACCUACACCAGAGUAAUCAUUAGGAAUUUUGAAGUUUUAUAUACAAGAUGAAGUCAAUCCUUGCUAGUGACGUUCUUUGAAGGUGCACUAGUAUAAAUAUGUCUCUAACGUUUUGGUUGUCUCAAGCGAAAUCAAGGUUCAAUUAAUUAGUAGCAUCACCAAAGAAAGAUAAGAGCCUCUCUCUCUCUUAAUUUCUCCACAGCUUCCAAGUGUAAAAUGAAUAUGCAGACCAUGGGAGAUUUUCCUGAUGGUGAAUGGGACUUCAGCAGAAUGUUCUCCAUGGAAGAGCCUGAUUUCACCCCGGAAUUACUUGGUCAGUGUUCUUUUCCGCAGGAGAAUGACGAAGGAUUGCAAUUUACAAUCCCACCUGCAGCUUUCUUCCCUACACCUGAAGCCAACGUGAGCAUGGCUGGGAAUGAGAGUUUGUUUUAUUCUUGGAACGCUCUCAACCCCAAUUUGCAUUUUGAUUCUCAAGAAAGUGGUAAUAACAGUAAUUGUAGCAGUGGUGUAUUUCUUCCUUCUUCCAGCCAUGAAUCCUACUUCUUCAAUGAUUCUAACCGCAUUCAGGCUGCUAACGAUAACUCCAUGUCCAUGGAUAUUUCACUCAUGGAUGAGAAAACUAUUGGCUUGUUUAUGCCAUUUUUUCCUGAAAUUGCAAUGGCAGAAACUGCCUGCAUGAAUGGGGAUAUGAGCAGUGACAAGAUAGGAGAUUUAGACGAUAAUCUGCAGCCAGCUGCUAAUACUGUUCUGGCCAAGGGAUUGCAGCUCAAAAGGAAGCUUGAUGUUCCAGAAUCAAAUACAUUGGACGACAUGAAGAAGAAACCUCGGAUUACAAGAAAUGUGCAAAAGAGCAAGAAGAGUGUACAGUCAAAGAAAAACCAAAGGUCCACUCCAAAAAUUAGCAAUGAAGAAGAAGAGAGUAAUGCUGGACCAGAUGGACAAAGCUCCAGCAGUUGCAGUUCAGAAGAUGAUAAUGCCUCUAAGGAUUCUGAUUCCAAAGUUUCUGAAGUUCUCAGUUCCAGUGGCAAAACAAGAGCUAGUAGGGGAGCUGCUACAGAUCCCCAGAGCCUUUAUGCAAGGAAAAGGAGGGAGAGGAUAAACGAGAGACUGAAAAUCCUACAGCAUAUUGUCCCUAAUGGAACCAAGGUUGAUAUCAGCACAAUGCUAGAAGAGGCAGUCCAUUACGUAAAGUUUUUGCAGCUUCAAAUCAAGCUUUUGAGCUCGGAUGAUCUAUGGAUGUACGCACCUCUGGCUUACAGUGGAAUAGAUAUUGGCCUCGACCAGAAGCUCUCUAUGCUUCUAUGAGCAUGAAAGAAGCUACUGAAUUUUUUUAAUUUUAAUUCAUCAAUUUAUAUAGAAAUGAGAAAAUAAUAUGUAUAUUUACUCCUAAUUAAUAAAUUUCUGCCUUUAAUA